GAAUGGUCAAAUUGUCAAAAACAACAUGGGCACCAAGGAUUUAUUCCAUUAAAGGAAUUUCAAUCAGAUCCAGAGCGUUAUUGUUAAAAAGCUAAAAGAAGCUAAGCUUACCCCUACUAAAACAACUUUAAAGUACAUAGAGACAAUGGCAAAAAUUACAGCGCGAUUAGAAGUAAAAUUUGUCAGCAGCAACCGACCAGAAAUGUAUAGAAAAUUAUUUGAACCUAGAGGAACAGAACACGUAUUUACUGGAACUGCUUGUGUAGUGCAUGACGCAAUAGUAUCAAAACAUCCCUGCAGAUACAAUAUCGUUAAUAUUUUAUUUUGUCUAUUCCAUAAAAUAUGUGUCAUAGCCCUUUAAAUAUAAGUUUAUAUUAUAUUAGUUGUUAUACUUUUAAUUCAGAAAAUUCAGAAUAUCAAGAAAUGGCCGAGAUGAGCGAGGCCAGUAUUAAAAUGGAAUGGUCAAAUUGUCAAAAACAACAAGGUCAUAAAGGAUGUAUUCCAUGAAAAGACUUUCAAACAGAUCCAGAACUUUAUUGUAAAGAAGCUAAACUUACUCCCACUGAAACAACAUUAAAGUAUAUAGAUGCAAUAGCACUACUUACAGCACUGUUAGAAGUAAAAUUUGUCAGCAAUAACCGACCAGAACUGUAUAGAAAAUUAUUUGAACAUGGGGGAACAGAACAUAUAUUUACUGGAACUGGUUGCAUUGUGUAUGACGUAAAUCUAUCAAAUCAUCCAUGUCGAUGUAUUAAAUGUAAGAAAAUGGCAAAGAAAUAUGAUACAGAAAUAAUCAAAACAUUUUCAGUUUACAUUGCAACAGCCACGCAUGUUGUUUAUGAUGACGAGGAAGCAAAGAAAAUGACAGUUGAAUUAAAUUACAACGACGAUGACAGAAAAUGUAUUAAAAAAUUGUAUGGAGUCUCUCUUUCUGACCGCAUUGACAUUGGUGACUCUUGUGUACUUGAAUGUGUCACGUGUGAUGAACAGUUAGCCAAUGAAAUAAAGGCAAAUUUAGAAAGCUCCAGCCUAUUGUAUAGAGAACUUACAAGAAGCCUUGAACCAGUCGUUGUGAUCAUAUCUCAUCCAAAUGGCAAACCUAAACACAUCAGUUUUGGA